AUGGAGACCCUAUUGAGCCAAGAUCUGCACGUUGCGCUCGUCCCCGAAGUCACUGUCGAAGAUCUUUUGAUCUCCAAGGAGCAAAGUCGCACCAUCAAGGCUUCUAUAGACCUUGCCCGCCAAGAGUCCUCCCGACCCUCUGUUCUUCCCAUUGCCACUGCGAAUGCGACCACUAUUACUACUACAGGAGCAGCAGUAUCGCCUACUACCAAGACUGUUGCUGGAUCCUCUCCUUUGUCUCCAGUACCAACUAUAACGACAACGACUAUCACAGCGACGAUUCGAACCAUUGGCGGGAGAGGGACCUCGUUCCUGUUUGACGGUGACUCUGACACUGCAGUCGCUGACAAUAAUUCUAACGCCUCGGUGGCGCAAUUAUUGCAGGCCUCCAAAAAGCCAUCAGGACCACAUUCUCAACCUUCCUCACUACCACUUUCGGCGUCCUCUGAACGAUCUUUGCCGUCUCAGCUCCUCUCUGCCAACAGCAACAACUCUUCAUCAACAGCCAUAACAACAGCUGGCAUAGCAGGGACAUCUCAGGGUCAGGGACAAGGACAAGGACAAGGACAGCAGGGCGUCUCAAAAAACCGCGGGGUUUCACAACCACCCAGCGCUAAUUCCCAGAAACCAGUUGUACUGUUGACACCCGCCCAGCAACGCGAAGCCGAAGCAGACGACAACAUUCAACGGGCGAUUGAGCUCCAUGAACGUAACCAACUCGAGGAAGCGACACAUUAUUUCCGCCUGGCUGCUCAAUCCGAGAAUCCCUUGGGUCAAUUGAUGUAUGGCCUUUCUCUUCGUCAUGGAUGGGGAUGCAGGGCGAGCCCGAAGGAAGCAAUCGUCUACCUCCAACGGGCAGCAGAGUACGCGAUGGGGGAGAUGAAGGUCAUCGACGGAGCACCCACUACCGCAUCUUCUACAGUCUCUGCCGUCUCUGCACCUAUCGUUUACGCAAACAGUGCCAACAAUAAUGGCACCCCCAACAUACCACGAUCACAGCCCCUCUCGUCUCUAUCAUCCUCUUCGUCGCGCUCACCACCACCACUUUCCUCGGCAGGAACUCAACCUACAGCAGGGGCACCGCCGUUACAAUCUGUGCGGCGUAUGGGCAGUAUGGACCGCACUGCAGCCAUGUCGAUGGCGCGCAAGGAACUGGUCAUGGCCUUGUACGAGCUCGGAAUGUCCUAUCUCAAAGGCUGGGGUGUCGCCAAAGACAAACCCGUCGCUUUUACUUACUUUAAAAUCGCCGCCGAUCUGGGAGACCCAGACUCACAGAACGAAACAGCGUUCUGCUACUACGAAGGGAUUGGGAUUGAAAAGGACAUGUACGAAUCCGCAAAAUACUACCGCAUGGCGUCAGCUCAAGGAGCCUCACAAUUGGGCAACUCAUGGAUCUGGAAACCCAAAUACGAUCAGUACUGCGCCGCCGAGAACGCCGCCGUCUCGGCCGCGGCCACCAUCGGUUCUGUAUCCGUCAUCACCAACGCGACUAGUCAAGGAACAAAGAAAGGGAACUCGAAGGAACGCGCCAAGAGAUUGACCUCCGCCAUCCAGACCGCCAUCGCCACCUCUGCUGUCCCACCAGCGUCUUCGAGCUCGACCCCGGCUGUUUCAUCACCCUCAUCACCAUCCUCGCUCCUCAGCAACAAGCCUAAACUCGUCUUCUUCGUCAAUAUUGCCAUCUGCACCUUCGAUCCCAUCGCCUCAGUAUACCCUAACCAGCAUCGCCUCAGGCCUAGCAUCUGUCACGGCCGCGACCUCAGGCGCCGUCGUCCCCCCAGUUUAUGGCACACCUUCCUCCAACAACAGCACCACCAACAUCACAUCCUCGCCAGCGUCCCCAACAUCCCCUCGCCCUUCGAUCGCCGCAAGCACUGCCCCCUCAACAUCGAUUUUAGUAUCUUCCUCUACUAG